AUGGUAAAUGAAGAUCCAUUGCAACAAAGUCAAGGCCUCCAUUCUCGACAGAGUACACCUCCAUCCUCCAUUGCUGUGACGUCUGACAGGAGAAACAUACUUCCAAUGCAAUCCUAUAAGCAUAGUAGAUUUUUUCCUAAAGGAAUUGAUGUUUUUCCUGAUUUGAAGUCCUGGCAUGACUCUGCUUCAGGGAUUGGAGCAGAGCUAAUUGGUUUUGCCUUUCGGAGAAUUAAAGCAAAUCGACCUCUCUGCUUUAAAGCUUCCAGAGUUGAAGAAAUUGCUUCAAGUGCUUUAAAAAGAGAGAGGCAGCCUUCUUGUUGUAAUGAUGGUGAUGGAAAGAAGGGUAGGGAUGGUGUACUGAUUGUUGGGUUUUUGGAAUUGGGAUUCUGUCCUGCUCAAGUAGCUACUGAUGUGAGGCUUAGGGGAGGCGAUCUGCUGGUAUUUUCAGAACUGAAGGAUCCUGCAGAUAAAGUUGCAUUAGCAGAGUUAGUUUCACCAACAUUGGUCAUCAUUGGGAAGAUUGUUGCACUUUCAGUGUUGAAAAGUGCAUCCUGA